AUGAAUACGAAGCCUUCAUUGGCCACCAAGAUUCCUCUUGCUCUUGUGUCGUUUAAGGUGUUUGGCUGGUUUGCUGGUCUAACUGACGCGUACGCGACUUUCGAGACUGAGUACGCUCAGGCGCAGUAG